UAGGUGCAUGUAGUAGCCUAGACUUACAAAUUAGCUUUCUUUGGGUGACUUAUCAUGUCAGUUUCCUUUUUUCCUAAUAAUGGUUUGACAAAAUCAUUUGUGUGACACUUAUUGAUGGCAAAGAAAAGUUUGACCGAUGCCUUGAUCGUUUGGAUGCGAUCAAAAGGUUGCUGAGGAGAACCCCGAUAUAUAUAGCCUAGCCUAUAUUUUUUCUUUUUCGAUCAAUUGGUUGGUGCUAUCGUCUAAAUGGAGAUAGAAAAUAUGGUGGCAAACAAUGCUCUGUUGAAGGCUAGAGAAGGCAGCGGUGGUAAACGGAAAGGAAGAAGCAGAAAAUGGAAAGAUCUUCUGCGCUUCCCCCACAUCAGCGAGUGCAGGGACCUGGCCGACAACAUCGAGCGGGACUACUUCAGCCUGUGUGAUGUGCAGCCUAUUGGGAAGGCCCUCUUCCGUAUCCACUGUCAGAGUGACCCAGAGCUGGACAGAUGCAUAUGUUUGCUUGAUGCAAUGGACAGCUAUAACCAAAUGUCUGAUGAGGAACGGAUCAGCCGAGGCAAGAGCAUCAUCGAUCAAUACUUGAAUAAACAGUCUCCUGAUUGUGUACAACAGGUCGUAGACAGCCAUAGACAGCAAUGCACAGAGAACCUCAAGAGUAAUCCCUACAAAGACGUGUUCAGCGACUGCAGAAGGGCCAUUCAUGACUACUUAAAGGAAGAACCCUUUGUAGAUUACAUGAACAGCAUUUACUUUGACCGUUUUCUUCAGUGGAAGAUGGUGGAGAGAAAGCCAAUCACAAAAGACUUAUUCAGAGAGUACCGAAUUUUGGGGAAAGGAGGGUUUGGGGAGGUGUGUGCUGUUCAGUCUCGAACAACAGGGACUAUGUACGCAUGCAAGAAGCUGGAAAAGAAGAGAAUAAAGAAGCGCCAUGGAGAGUCCUUGGCCCUCAAUGAGAAGCAGAUCCUGGAGAUGGUCAACAGCCGAUUUGUGGUCAGUUUAGCCUACGCUUAUGAGACGAAAGACGCUCUCUGCCUGGUGUUAACGCUGCUGAGCGGUGGAGACCUGAAGUUCCACAUUUACAACAUAGGCCUGCCUGGCCUCAGCAAUGAGAGGGUGAGGUUCUACGCUGCUCAGGUCUACUGCGGGUUGGAGCAUCUCCAUCAGAAGUCCAUCGUUUACAGGGAUCUAAAGCCUGAGAAUAUUCUUUUGGAUGACGAUGGACACAUCCGGAUAUCAGAUCUGGGUCUUGCCAUCGCACUGACCAAGAAUGGGGAAGCUCAUGGCAGAGUGGGAACAGUUGGUUACAUGGCACCUGAGGUGAUAAAGAACAAAGGUUAUGACUUUAGCGCUGACUGGUGGGGCUUGGGGUGCCUCAUCUAUGAGAUGACAGAAGGAUCCUCUCCUUUCCGUAGCCACAAGGAACGUGUGGAUAGGAAGGAAAUGGACAACAGGGUUCUGGAGACAAAGGAGCGCUACGGGUUCAGAUUCACUGCAGACACCAAAGCCAUCUGCUCAAAGCUCUUGGACAAAAAUCCUUCCCAGCGGCUGGGGUGUCAGUUAGAGGGGGCUGCAGAGGUCAAAGGUCACCCCUUCUUCAAGGACGUCAACUUCCGGCUGCUGGAGGCUGGAAUGCUGAAGCCCCCAUUUCAGCCUGAUCCAAGAGCCGUGUAUUGUCAGGAUGUGCUCGACAUAGAGCAGUUCUCAGCAACACGAGGAGUGAGCCUGGAUGUGACGGACAAGGAUUUUUAUGCCAAAUUCAACACUGGGGCAAGCCCUAUCCCGUGGCAAAAUGAGAUGAUCGAGUCCGAGUGUUUUCAGGAGCUGAAUUAUUUUGGCCAAAAUGGGCACAGACCGGCGGACUUGGACUGGAGUCAGGCUCCCGAGCCCAAACACACAUCACAUCCCCUACAGAGACAUAGAAGGCCCCUAUUUCACUGGCUCUUCAAGAGACAGAAUUAUUUCAAGGAGAAAGAGAGAGGAUAUUCGCCAACCAGGCAAAGUUCAGAAGACCUGGUUAGGACUGCCCUUUAGAGGUGCACAGUAUGUUGCAUGAAUGUGCGAGAGAAAAUGUGCCUUUUUAUGUUUUGUCUUUUGUUUUCUUUUAUAUACAUAAAUUUUUGUAUAUUUAUACUGUUCUGUCCAUCCAUCUUGUAUAAUACUGAGUUUGACCAUUUGGGAA